AGCGCAGGGAGCGCGCUUGCACAAACUUUGUGCCUGCGGGUGCGCCUGGGUCGGCUCGCUUGGCUCCAAGAGUGGCCGGCGCCGGGCUGCGAGGGCCGGCGGCGGCCAAGAGAUGCGCCGCACUCCGCCGAGCCGGUCCCGCCGCUCCAGGUGAGACGGCUCCAGUAGAACAGCACGCCGCGGCCAUGGGCACCCUGGGCAAGGCGAGAGAGGCUCCGCGGAAACCUUCCCAUGGCUCCAGAGCUGGCCCUAAAGCAAGACUAGAGGCCAAAUCAGUCAACAGCCCUAUCCCUGCCCAACCCAGCUUGGCCCAGAUCACCCAGUUCCGAAUGAUGGUGUCCCUGGGACAUUUGGCCAAAGGAGCCAGCCUGGAUGAUCUUAUUGACAGCUGCAUUCAGUCUUUUGAUGCAGAUGGGAAUCUGUGUCGAAGUAACCAACUGCUACAAGUCAUGCUGACCAUGCACCGGAUCAUCAUCUCCUCAGCCGAGCUGCUACAAAAACUCAUGAGCCUAUAUAAGGAUGCCUUGGAGAAGAAUUCUCCAGGAAUUUGCCUGAAAAUCUGCUAUUUUGUCAGGUAUUGGAUAACAGAAUUCUGGAUCAUGUUCAAAAUGGAUGCCAGCUUGACCAGCACCAUGGAAGAGUUCCAGGACCUGGUGAAAACCAAUGGUGAAGAGUCCCACUGCCGCCUGAUUGACACUACACAAAUUAAUUCUCGAGACUGGUCCAGGAAACUGACUCAAAGGAUAAAAUCAAAUACCAGCAAGAAGCGGAAAGUCUCCCUGCUGUUUGACCAUCUGGAACCUGAAGAACUGUCUGAGCACCUCACCUACCUUGAGUUCAAGUCCUUCCGAAGGAUUUCUUUCUCUGAUUAUCAAAAUUACCUUGUAAAUAGCUGCGUGAAGGAGAACCCCACCAUGGAGCGGUCCAUUGCCCUGUGCAAUGGCAUCUCCCAGUGGGUACAACUGAUGGUUCUCAGCCGUCCCACCCCGCAGCUCCGGGCAGAGGUCUUCAUCAAGUUCAUCCACGUGGCCCAGAAGCUCCACCAGCUACAGAACUUCAACACACUGAUGGCUGUGAUAGGGGGACUGUGUCACAGCUCCAUCUCCAGGCUCAAGGAGACAAGUUCACAUGUACCACAUGAGAUCAACAAGGUUCUGGGUGAGAUGACUGAACUGCUGUCCUCCUGCAGAAACUAUGACAACUACAGGCGAGCCUAUGGGGAGUGCACCCACUUCAAAAUCCCCAUACUAGGAGUGCACCUCAAGGACCUCAUCUCCCUAUACGAAGCCAUGCCCGACUAUCUGGAGGAUGGGAAGGUUAACGUCCAGAAGCUCCUGGCCCUUUACAAUCAUAUCAAUGAAUUGGUCCAGCUGCAAGAGGUGGCCCCACCAUUGGAUGCCAACAAGGACUUGGUGCACCUGCUAACGUUAUCCCUGGAUCUAUACUACACAGAAGAUGAAAUCUAUGAGCUUUCCUAUGCCCGAGAACCAAGGAACCACAGAGCCCCGCCACUAACACCUUCGAAGCCACCUGUUGUGGUUGACUGGGCCUCUGGAGUAUCUCCCAAACCUGACCCUAAGACCAUCAGCAAACAUGUCCAGAGGAUGGUGGAUUCUGUCUUCAAGAACUACGAUCUCGACCAGGAUGGGUACAUCUCUCAAGAGGAGUUUGAAAAGAUUGCUGCAAGUUUUCCAUUCUCCUUCUGUGUGAUGGACAAAGACAGGGAAGGCCUCAUCAGCAGGGACGAGAUCACGGCCUACUUCAUGAGGGCCAGCUCCAUCUACUCCAAGCUCGGCCUGGGCUUUCCUCACAACUUUCAAGAGACCACCUACCUGAAGCCCACUUUCUGUGACAACUGUGCUGGCUUUCUCUGGGGAGUGAUUAAGCAAGGCUAUCGCUGUAAAGACUGCGGGAUGAACUGCCAUAAACAGUGCAAAGAUCUGGUGGUGUUUGAGUGCAAGAAGCGAAUCAAGAGCCCAGCAGUGUCCACAGAGAACAUCAGCUCUGUGGUGCCAAUGUCCAACCUUUGCCCACUGGGAACCAAAGAUCUGCUCCAUGCACCCGAGGAAGGAUCUUUUAUAUUUCAAAAUGGGGAGGCUGUGGACCACAGCGAGGAGAGCAAGGAUCGGACCAUCAUGCUCCUGGGCGUGUCCUCACAGAAGAUUUCGGUUCGGCUGAAGAGGACUGUUGCCCACAAGACCACCCAGACAGAGUCGUUCCCUUGGGUGGGCGGCGAGGUGCCUGCUGGUCACUUCGUGCUGUCAUCCCCAAGGAAGCCGCCACAGGAUGCUCUUUUUGUGCUUCCCAGCCCCACGUCACCAUGCCCCAGCCCAGUGCUGCUCCGAAAGCGGGCAUUCGUCAAGUGGGAGAACAAAGAAUCGCUGAUAAAACCAAAACAGGAGCUUCACCUCCGGCUCCGGACCUACCAGGAACUGGAACAGGAAAUAAAUACCUUGAAAGCAGAUAAUGAUGCCCUGAAGAUCCAACUGAAGUAUGCACAGAAGAAAAUAGAGUCCCUUCAGCUUUCGAAAAACAAUCAUGUCUUAGCACAGAUGGAUCGGGGAGAUUGUUCUUAAUCCAGAAAUCCUAGGAACAGAAUCUGUGGAGGAGUAUACUGGGAUCUCACUUCAAAAACUGACUGCAGAAGUUCGGGCAACUUCGGAUUAACAGUCUUGAAAAGGGGAAAGUCAGUCACUAGCAUCAGUGUCAUUGUUUUUUGUUUUGUUUUUACCUAGAAUAUUCUUAAUGUGAGUCAUUGGUUUUCAGUCAGUUGACUCAAUGGGAAGAAAAGCUCAAGUAUGUAAAGCUUUGAGCAUUCGUAUUAACGGCCUUUUCUUUCUUUUACUGGAACCAAUACCAAACGAGUGCUAAAAUAAGACCAUAGUUUCCUGAUAGCAUCUCGGGCAGCCUGCUUUACUGAGUCGUCGAUAAAAAGUCCCUGGAGAAUCCAUUUGCUGCCUUCCCCAGGGCUUCUGCAAACUGAGAUAUUUACUUAGUUCGACCCAAAGCCUGUUCAUAAUAGAAACAAUACCCUAAAAGUGGUGACUUUGAUAUGCCUGCAUUGUGUGUGAAACUGAUCCCCACUUCACUACCUCAGGUCCGAUCAAGAGCCUCAUUCCCAGCUCAUCCUCACUUGCUUCCCCUCCUUCCUCCCUUGCUUGUAGGCACAUCAGCAUAUCUAUCUAGAAGUGAACUCGUAGAGAUGUAGCCUGGUUAUAAAUCCAGAGCUUUUUAAUUGAACUUGACAUUAUCCAAAUGCAGGUCAACUCAUAGCUCUAGGUCUUCGUCAUCAUGAAAUACAAACUAAAUCUCAGUAACCACAAACAGCAAUUACCAUGUCAUACACAGCUACUUAGCUAAGACAACAUAAACAUGUUUGUCCAGAUAGUCUCUAGUGGGUACAAUUAAGAAUCUGUGACUUUCGAGAAGAAAUGAUCUGUGGACAGUGUUUAAUUCUUCAUGUUCGAGUUUCUCUCUCACUCUUUUUAAAUCUUAAGGUUUUCUUUUGAACUGAAUUUGUGCUUAAACUGUCUUAACUUUUACUAUCUAGAAGUAAACUAACAGAAAUGAUGGCUUAAACAGCUGAAAGCAUGUACAUAUGUACAGAAUAUGUAUAUACAGUAGCAGGCAUGCAUGUAGCUUGGACUUUCUCCUUUAGAGAAUGCAGACGUGAAUCAAACACCUUUUAGUCAUUUACACAACUUCACAAAUAUAGUCCUGUUUGUUAUAAGACAAACUCCUCACAAUGUAAAUUAUAUUGUCUUGCAAACCCAUGAGUAACAGUCUCUGAUUAUUCUAUCAUGAAGGUUAAAAAAACAGUGGGUUUGACUUGUUGCCUGGGAAGCUAUUCACAAACUCUCUUAUCAGCUUCCUUUUAGCUUUCAAAAACAUUUCAUCUGAUUGUGUCCUUUUGAGGGAGACUUUGCUUCCAGGCUUGGAAGGUCUGGCACCAUGCUAACUUGUGAUCCAUACACAGGGUGAACAACUUCUGAGAGUACCAUCUCGCAAAAUGAGUUCCAAAACUACAGCCAGCAGCACUCAGUCUCCAGAGGAUUGCCAACUGUAUGUAGUGCUGCCCCUAAAGUACUCAGAUCACUAAAGUUUAUUUGAUGAAAGACUAUUGCCCAUUUGUGUCCCUCUUGGUGGAGUUUUAGUGACAAAGAACUGGCUGGUGAUUAAAGUUUCACUGGACUUUAACCAACCACUUUAUACACAAUCUUAUCCUAGUUCUACAUCCAAACUCAGAAAUUCUCAAAGCAUAUAGCUACCCCCUGGUACAUACACCUCUAGCAGGUGUAAUACGGUGUGGAACAAUUAUAUGGAACCAUUAUAAGUAAAGGCAAACCUCAAAUUUUUAUUAUUCACUAUGGAUAAUUUCCUCUGCUAUGCACCAGUACAAGUGUAUAGCCUAAUCUUUAAGUACUGUCUUUUUCUUCUUACUCAUCCCCAGUAAAGAUCAACCAAUGAGUUUUUAUGUAAAUAGCAUGUAACAUAGGAAUCCAGAGGGCUCCGGUCAUUUGUCAUGGCUAGGUGAUCUCAUGCACUGUAGAACCCAUAGAGAAGACUGCAAGAGGCAGUAAUCACAUCAGAUUCUUAAGGUCCUGAUAGGACAAAAGAUGUCUGGAGUCUGCAAUGGAUCUGUUCCAGCAGAGCUGGAGGAGCAGGUGGGACCUACUGAUACUGCUUGAAGUGUUCAGUAGAUCUGUCUUCACCAAAACAAAGACAGAUCCUAUCAACGAUAGCGAUGUGGCUUCUCUGUUGACUGACUCACCCCCUUACUGACCACGUGUGAAAUUCUGUCUAAAGAUGUAUAAUGUAAAAGCUGUGGAAAAAAAUGUACAGACUGUAAACUUUUUGAUACCUAUUGUAAGUUUUCUGUGUCUACUAUUUAUAUGAUAAAAGACAUUUGGAUCCCUACAA